CCAUCCCUUGAUCAUCUCCUAUUACUCUCAGAAUCUCAAGGUUUCGUGCGAUUUGCCGUCUUCCUCUCCUCUCUUCUCUUCUUCAUUGUACGCGACGCCAUUUCAUCCACUUUCUUCCUGGUUAGAAUCGAAAUUGAAGAAAUCGAGCCGCCCAGUAGUUUUCGUGUGAGCCCGAUUUGUAUGCCUUCAAACCAUACGAGAGAAGUACACCAAGGCAAAAUUUGAACAAGUGACUGACUUUCAGGUAAUUUGGUUGUCACAUAACUGUUCUGUUCUUUUGGUUACUGCAAGCAUCUAACGGGGGAACCUAGGUGAGCACUGAAAUUGCACAGAUAUCAACAUGGAUGCCUUGCGUUCAGAAAAGAAAGGGAAGAAAGUGAUUGGGAAGAAUUCAAAGCAGAACUUGAAUGGGGAAAAUGAUAGUCCACAAGUUGAGGUUGAAGGAUACUCCCGGAGGAGUAAUUUAGAGAGGAGGCCUUGCAUGAUGCCCCUUCUACCCAUUCCCAACAUGGAAAGUAGUUCAAAGGCAUCACUAAUUUUGAGUGGAACAGCUUGUAAAGGAGUAACUGGGCCACCUAUUGGAGCUUUUGACAUUGGUGUCAGCAAAUCUGCAUACUAUUUUCGUGUUGCUCUGCCUGGAGUUAAAAGGGACCCUGGCGACUUCAAUUGUGAGAUUGAACGUGAUGGCAUGGUUCAUAUCCGAGGGGUGACAUCAACUGGCGGAAAAACCGUGUCAAAGUAUUAUCGGGUUUUUGCAAUGACACAUCAGCAGCAGUGCCCGCCUGGAGCUUUCACUCUGUCUUUUAGGUUGCCCGGGCCUGUUGAUCCAAGGUUGUUCUCACCCAACUUUGGAUGUGAUGGUAUUUUCGAAGGUGUUGUUGCAAAGUAUAGCCCGUAGUUGCAUGUAUGCAUGCAUACAACAGUUUAGACUCGCCUGGUUUACUCGAUCAGCCCUGUAAUCCUGUAUUUUGGUAUUGACAAUAUAAUGUGCCUUUUGUACUGUCUCCCUGCACUACACUUGCACAUUCACUGCACUGCACUGCACUUGCACAUUCACUGCACUGCAGAAGAUGAAGGGUUACAUAGGUGUUGAAAUUACUCUUUGAUGCUAUCAACAAAAUGCUGUGUUACUGUUA